AGCCAUCACAAGAAGGAUGUCCUGCUACAGUGAGUCCUUCAGACCCUGCGGCGUGACCUGCCCUCAGCCAAUUGCCGAGAGCUACAACGAGCCGUGUGUGCAGCAGUGCCCUGACUCCAGAGCAGUCAUCUUCCCCCCACCAGCUGUGGUGACAAUCCCAGGCCCCAUACUCAGCAAUUUUCCUCAGGAGAGCGUUGUGGGCUCAUCAGGCCCAGCCUUGUUGGGGAGUUCCUUCAGUUCCCAAAGCUCUGGGGGCUACGGUGGCUCCUUGGGGUUGGGGGGCUAUGGUGGCUCCUUGGGUUUGGGAGGCUAUGGUGGCUCCUCAGGGUUAGGGGGCUACGGUAGCUCCCUGGGCUACGGGAGAUCACGGAGUUAUGGGGGCCUCUUUGGUCUGGGUGGUUAUGGAGGAUCCCAAGGCUAUGGGAACUCCUGUGGUCUUGGGGGCUAUGGGAGCUCCUCAGGCUUGGGUGGCUACUCUGGCUAUGGAGGCUCCCUGGGCUAUGGGAGCUCACUGGGCUAUGGGAGGUCACGGAAUUAUGGGGGCCUCUCUGGUUUCGGGGGCUAUGGGAGCUCCCUGGGCUAUGGGGGCUCCUGGGGCUAUGGUAACUCCUUGGAGUUGGGAGGCUAUGGAGGCUACAGAGGCUCCCUUGGGUAUGGCCGUUGCGUAGGUUAUGGAGAUGACAUUGGCUAUGGGGACUCCCAGGGCUAUAGGAACUCCUUUGGUCUUGGGGGCUAUGGAGGCUACGGGGGCUCCAUUGGGUACGGCCGUUGCCUGGGUUAUGGAGAUGACAUUGGCUACAGAGGAUCCUUGGGAUAUGGGAGCCAAUAUGGGUCCAGUAUCUCUGGCAACGGUGGAAGGUCCUACAGCUCUGGCUUCUCCUCCUAUGGCAAUGGGUAUUACUACCCUGGCUCCCAGAGGUGGCGCAGGUUCCGCCGUGGGAGCUGUGGCUCUUUCUGAAGUCGCCAAGGUUGGUGCCCAGAACCAGAAACAGCCCAGACAGCAGCACAAGGACAUCGAGCGAGAGCCGUGAGGAGCAUCCAUCAUCUACCCUGGCAUGGGGAGAAGACGAUGCUGCGUGUGCCCAGCAGCCCACCACCCUGUGCCAUCGUGUGCCCUGGCUGCACGGCUGAAGCUCAGUAUCCCCUCAUUCCUCCAUCACCUCAGCUGUUCCCUGGUUCCUGAGCAGGGCACCGGUACCAGAGCAUGACAUCUGCUCGAUGCAUCUCCCCUUGCCUUGUCUUGAUCCUCUGUAGCUGGCUGUUGUGCUUCUCUUUCCCAUUAAAACCCUGUGGUGCUGCACAAGAUCCAAUUU